CUGUUUAUAGAUACUGCCACAAACACAGUUUCUAUCUUGUUGUGGUGGUUUUUUGCGUCUUCGCGCCUUUGCGUCUUUGCGUCUUCGCACCUUCGCACCAUCGCUCCUUUGCUUCUUCCUCUGCAAAAUGUGCAAAACGCCGAGGUCGGCGCUACAACCAUCUUGCCUGACCGGCGAGCGCUCGGAGAGCUCGGGGACGACCUAGAGCUCGCGGCAGAACGCCGCGAGAAACCUCGCUACCUGUUUAUGGCUCAGCUGCUCAGCUCGCUUCGCCAUGGGACUUUAAUUUUGGGCGUGGCUGACUUCGAGGAGCUAGAGGAGCUGGAGGAGCAGCCAGAUGACAUUCUGGCCGACGCUGGGCGACUGGUGAUCGGCUUUGAGGAGCAUGUAUCAGGCGACGUGUCAGCAGGACCUGUGGAGCUGGUGAUGGUUCGUGCGCCGGAGGGAGCGCGCGGUGAACACGCGCGCAACAGGGCGCUCAAGCACGGUUUGAAGCAAGGAAUGAAGGCCGGCUGCGAGGCUGCUCUGUUGGUCGAGGUCAAAGCGUCAGUGGCUUCAGCCCACAUGUGGCAGGCACUAUCCGCUGGCAUUGCGCUGGCGCGCAGCAACGCGUCCCGUGGCAGUGGCGGCGGCGGCAGUGGUGGAGGCGGCGGCGGCGGCGGCGGCAGCUACCCAGCGAGUCCUGUGCAUGUGGUUCUCACGGACGCCAAGGACUGGCACUUCAUGUGCAUCCAGGCGACAGCAGCAGCAGGAGCAGCAGCAGGAGCAGCAGCAGGAGCAGCAGCAGGAGCAGCAGCAGCAACCAUGAACCAACCUGCCGGUGCCGAUGGCGCUGCCGCAGCAGCGGGCAGCAGCGGCCCCAGCACUCCUGGUGGGCUGGGCUUUACGCUGAACUCUGGGGAGUCAUUCCGCUUGUUCAACUGCACCAGCGUGCACGCGCCCAUGCUGGCCCGUGGCACGGAGCCUGCAGAUAUGGUCAAGGUGAUGUACCGCCUGUACCGGGCCCUGUACCCGGAUGAGGACAUCGACAGCCUGCCGGCCCGGGUGCACCGCGGUGACACGGCGGCAAAGGAGGCGGCACAGGAGUGGCUGGCGCAGCGCGUCAAGGACCUGAGGCGCGGAGGCUCCGUCAUGGCAGAGGCGUUGGCCCUGAAGGAAGAGAUCGCCGAGAAGGACAAGAAGAUUGCUGAGCUGGAGGCCAAGUUGGCGCUGCAUGAGAGCAGUGGCCCGGCAGCCGCUGCUGUUGCAAGUGCUGCUGGCGACGGCGGCAGCAUUUAGUCCAAACGGAUCCAAACGGUGGGGAUCCGGCGGGUUCAGGCUCAGCUGGGACUCACUGUGCGAGGAGUCGCGUGGACUUGCUUUGCGGGAGGGUUUGCGGACGCAUCUGAUGCCCCUUGUAUGCGCCCGCACAUGCGGGUUGUCCCCCCUGUAUUACCGCAAUCAUUUAGUCAAAUGUCCUGCUAUUGCAGUGCAAGCCAGCAAGGUGGCAUUAAAGAGCUUGGGUGUAUAGAGCGCGCUGGUUCCGGCAGCAAACGGUCAGAUGACGGUCGGUGCAUGUACCAAUCGACAUCAGUUUUGUCUGGGGUUGAUUGAGAUCUUGUAAUCCUUCGGCCUCAGACUAGUGCACAUGGUGUGGGCUCAGCGUGGGGAUUGCAAUGGUGGUAACGCGGGGGCGGGGACGCGCAGGUGCUUGCAGGAGGUGGGUCUUGUAUGGGCAUGGUGCAAAUGGAUGAUGGAAAGGAUGCCUGCAGUGCCUACAUGUUAGCAAACUCAAUAUAUGAACACAUCAGUCUAGCUAUCCAUAUCAACAUCAAAUGUUUGACUGGAUGCUCAGGCAUCAGCUGGAGGCGUGUGGAAGCCGCAGCUGGUGGAGUGGGCAGCAGGUGGCGCUCUCUCGUAUCGUUGUACGGCAGGGUGUACGGCAGGCCGCUGAUUGGUGGUGCUGCUGGACGGUGUGCUGGACGGUGUGGACGGUGUGCUGGACGGUGUGUUACUUCGUGCACACCUCGACCGAGAGUGUAACGGUACUGUGCC